AGUUAAGAGUAUGGCGAGAUUCGUAGGUGAUAUAAAAAUUCAUUUUUUAAUCGACUUGGUUUCGCAAGCUUCCUAAUGCCUCCAUACGCAGUCGCGAGACGCUCUUUGGGUUCGUCACGCAAUCUUCCUCCCGCACGUGACGAGCCCAAAGAGCGUCUGGUGAAUAUUCAGAGUGAUUAACCGAUGAAUCCAGAGAGGAUUCAUCGGUUCCUUUGAUGCACCAUGAGCCGCGUGAUCUUGGAUCACUGAUCCUGAUCCAGGUCAACCUAAAGGAACGCACCCUAAGAGACCAGGGGUGGAACCUGAACUGCUGGCAACCGCUUCAUUCACAGGCAUCAGAGUACAGUGAACUAAAGUGCGUCUGCCAGACGUACCACCAUGACUUCUUCAUUUGACUACAUGGCUCCUUAUUACCACCGAUAAACAUGUUUUCAUUGUGCAUGAAGGUUCUUUGACACUAAAAAGAACAUUUCGGGAAUGUCCCCUACUAGUCUCCUUCGCAGCCGUUGUUAGGGUCGUCACGCGACCCUAAUAACGGCUGUAAAGGAGACUAGUCCCCUACCAGCCCCUCUCCCAAUCAGGAGGAUGAGCCUAGCCUCCCCUCCCUGACUCCCAUCGUUGCUCUUCAUCCGGGAACGUGUUGCUACGAACUUUUCGCGCCAAAUUUCUUCACGUGAGACAACUGAUCGCCGCGAACCUCGAAGAAAAUGGAUGUCGCUGAUCGCACUACUGGAACUUCCCACGUUCGCGAUGACCUCGCGGAGCGAUGCCAAAAGUUAUUUCAAGACUUUCUCGAAGAAUUUCAAGUUGAUGGAGAAGAGAAAUACCUUCCUGAAGUUCAAGAACUUAUCAGACCUGAGCGCAACACAUUAACUGUCAGUUAUCAAGAUGUGGAGUCCUACAAUGCUCAGUUAUCAACAAUUAUACAGGAGGAAUAUUACAGAGUGUUUCCAUAUCUGUGCCGAGCUGUAAGAAACUUUGCAAGAGACAGAGGCCAAGUACCACCAACAAAAGAGUUUUAUGUCAGCUUUACUGAUCUUCCAACAAGACACAAGAUUCGAGAGCUAACCAGUCAGAAGAUCGGUACUUUACUCAGAAUAAGUGGACAAGUUGUGCGGACACACCCUGUACAUCCUGAGCUAGUGACCGGAACAUUUAUCUGUCUUGACUGUCAGACAGUCAUCAAAGAUGUAGAACAACAAUUUAAAUAUACUCAGCCCACAGUGUGCCGCAACCCAGUCUGUCAAAACAGGGCAAGAUUUAUGCUUGACAUCAACAACUCACGCUAUGUGGAUUUUCAAAAAGUUCGUAUACAAGAAACACAAGCAGAGUUACCCAGAGGAAGCAUUCCCAGAAGCGUGGAAAUAAUCCUAAGAGCCGAAGCAGUCGAACAAGCGCAAGCUGGAGACAAGUGUGACUUCACUGGGACGUUGAUAGUUGUUCCAGAUGUGGCACAGCUUUCUACACCAGGUGCAAGGGCUGAAUCUUCUGGAAGACAGACAUCUGGUGAAGGCUAUGAAGCAGAGGGUGUAAGGGGUCUAAAGGCUCUCGGAGUACGAGAUUUGACCUACAGACUUGCCUUCCUAGCGUGCAGUGUCCAAGCAACAAAUCCAAGGUUUGGUGGUAAAGAUCUUGAUGGUGAUGAUGUCACAGCAGAGACAAUCAAAAAACAGAUGACAGACCAGGAGUGGCAAAAGAUCUAUCAAAUGAGCAAAGACAAGAAUCUUUAUCAAAACUUGAUCAACAGCAUAUUCCCUACAAUUCAUGGAAAUGAUGAGGUCAAACGCGGUGUGCUUCUUAUGUUGUUUGGUGGAGUUCCGAAAGUCACGACGGAAAAAACUAACCUUAGAGGGGACAUCAAUGUCUGUAUUGUUGGAGAUCCCAGCACAGCUAAGAGUCAAAUACUCAAGCACAUAGAAGAGUUCAGUGUCAGGGCAGUGUAUACUUCUGGGAAAGCUUCUAGUGCCGCAGGUCUCACAGCUGCUGUUGUCAAGGACGAAGAGUCGUCAGAGUUCGUAAUUGAAGCUGGAGCACUGAUGUUGGCUGAUAAUGGUGUAUGUUGCAUUGAUGAAUUUGACAAGAUGGAUCCAAAGGAUCAGGUUGCCAUUCAUGAAGCUAUGGAGCAGCAAACUAUUUCAAUAACAAAGGCUGGAGUGAAGGCUUCACUGAAUGCUAGGACGUCCAUUCUAGCUGCAGCAAACCCAAUUGGUGGUCGAUAUGACAGAACAAAAUCACUUAAGCACAAUCUCAACAUGUCAGCUCCCAUCAUGUCCAGAUUUGAUCUUUUCUUCAUCCUUGUAGAUGAUUGCAACGAGGUAACAGACUAUGCCAUUGCACGGAGAAUAGUUGAUCUACACAGCAGGCUUGGAGAAGCUGUGGAAAGGAUUUACAGUGUGGAUGAGGUGCAAAGGUACAUAACGUUUGCCAGGCAAUUCAAGCCCACAAUAAGCAAAGAUGCCCAGGAUUUCAUUGUUGAGCAGUACAAACAUCUGAGGGAAAGGGACACAAGUGUGGCGAGGUCUGCUUGGCGCAUCACAGUGCGACAGUUGGAGAGUAUGAUCCGUCUUUCGGAGGGUAUGGCCAGACUCUACUGCCAGGAUGAGGUGCAACCAAAACAUGUCAAAGAAGCAUUUCGUCUUUUGAACAAGUCUAUUAUCAGGGUGGAAACUCCAGAUGUACAGUUUGACGAUGAUGACGAGGAAGAGCCACAAGAAGAUAUGGAUGUGGAUGCAGAAAGCGACACCCACCCAAGUGGCAUGGUGAAUGGUCACACAGACACAGACACUACCAAGACAGACAGUGAUCAGAAGAGUAAAUCCAAACUGCGCUUGUCGUUUGAAGAGUACAGGUCCAUGGCAAGAACUAUUGCGGGGCAUCUAAGGGCUGAGGAGUACAGAGCUGGUGAUGAUGAUGCUGGUUUACGAAGAAGUGACAUUGUGAAUUGGUAUCUCACAACAAUUUUGAAAGACAUUGAAACGGAGGAAGAGUUAGCCGAGAAGAAAAUUAUUGUGGAUAAAGUACUGGACAGACUGAUCACCCAUGAUAAUGUUAUUCUGGCAUUGAAGGAAUGGGGCGUGACAGAGGAAGAUUAUGUGCCAUCAGAUGAGGACGACCCUUUCCUUGUUGUCCAUCCAAAUGUUGUGGUUGAUGAUUUGUAAAAAAAAAAAGAGAGAGAGAGAGAAUUCAGUAACCAACACAUUUGCUGAUACUGUACAUAAAAUAAAAGUUGGCUUUCUUAUGCUGAGUUCAAAUUGAACUCAAAGUUCAAGAUCAAUGAACCUUUUUGUGUGUUUAGGGAAUUGCUCUUGUAUAAGACCAAAAUAGGGCAAACAAAAUGAAUUAAAAAGUAUGGUUUCCUCAGUUCAGUGUUGUGAAUAUCUUAGCAUAACACAACUCUAAAGCUGUCAACUAAUAAAAAGAGCAGGUGGUUGGUUGUGGAACCAGGUGCAAUUCCAAAAUGCACUUGAUGUAUACUCCACUUGUUAUGCUUUUUAUGAGGUUAUAAGUGUGGAGCAUGGUGAUAUGUAUACUUAGUGCUCAAUAAAAAUGUUAUUUCUCA